AUGAAGGGUGGUUGUGGAUCCCAGUGGAAGGCAGCCGCCGGGCUCCUCUUCUGUGUCACGGUUUUUGCAUCUGCCGAGAGACCAGUCUUCACGAAUCAUUUUCUUGUGGAGUUGCAUAAAGGAGGAGAGGAAGAAGCUCGCCAAGUUGCAGCAGAGCACGGCUUUGGAGUCCGAAAGCUCCCCUUCACAGAAGGCCUGUACCACUUUUAUCACAAUGGCCUUGCAAAGGCCAAAAGGAGACGAAGCCUACACCACAAGCAGCAGCUGGAGAGAGACCCCAGGGUAAAGAUGGCUUUGCAACAGGAAGGAUUUGACCGAAAAAAACGAGGAUACAGAGAUAUCAAUGAGAUUGACAUCAACAUGAACGAUCCUCUUUUCACAAAGCAAUGGUAUCUGAUCAAUACCGGGCAAGCUGAUGGUACUCCUGGGCUUGAUUUGAAUGUGGCAGAAGCCUGGGAGCUGGGAUACACAGGCAAAGGUGUAACCAUUGGAAUUAUGGAUGAUGGGAUUGACUAUCUCCACCCGGACCUGGCCUCCAAUUAUAAUGCAGAGGCAAGUUACGACUUCAGCAGCAAUGAUCCCUAUCCCUACCCUCGGUACACUGAUGACUGGUUUAACAGCCAUGGAACCCGAUGUGCAGGAGAAGUUUCAGCUGCCGCUAACAACAAUAUCUGUGGGGUCGGGGUAGCAUACAACUCCAAGGUGGCAGGUAUCCGGAUGCUGGACCAGCCAUUCAUGACGGACAUCAUCGAAGCCUCCUCCAUCAGCCACAUGCCUCAACUGAUUGACAUCUACAGUGAGUGGGGCCCUACAGAUAACGGGAAGACAGUGGAUGGGCCUCGAGAGCUCACACUUCAGGCCAUGGCAGAUGGCGUAAACAAGGGUCGCGGGGGCAAAGGCAGCAUCUACGUGUGGGCCUCUGGGGAUGGUGGCAGCUAUGAUGACUGCAAUUGUGAUGGCUAUGCCUCAAGCAUGUGGACUAUCUCCAUCAACUCAGCCAUCAACGACGGCAGGACCGCCCUGUAUGAUGAGAGCUGCUCCUCCACCUUGGCAUCCACCUUCAGCAAUGGGAGGAAAAGGAACCCUGAGGCCGGUGUGGCCACCACAGAUUUGUAUGGCAACUGCACUCUGAGGCAUUCUGGGACAUCUGCAGCUGCUCCCGAAGCAGCUGGAGUGUUUGCACUGGCUUUAGAGGCUAAUCUGGGUCUGACCUGGCGAGACAUGCAGCAUCUCACUGUGCUCACCUCCAAACGAAACCAACUUCACGAUGAGGUCCAUCAGUGGCGGCGGAAUGGAGUUGGACUGGAGUUUAAUCACCUCUUUGGCUAUGGGGUCCUUGAUGCUGGUGCCAUGGUGAAAAUGGCUAAAGACUGGAAAACUGUGCCUGAGAGAUUCCACUGUGUGGGAGGCUCCGUGCAGGACCCUGAGAAAAUACCAUCCACAGGCAAGUUGGUGUUGACCCUCACAACAGAUGCAUGUGAAGGAAAGGAAAAUUUUGUCCGUUACCUCGAGCAUGUCCAAGCUGUCAUCACAGUCAAUGCCACCAGGAGAGGUGAUCUGAACAUCAACAUGACUUCCCCUAUGGGCACCAAGUCUAUUUUGCUGAGCCGGCGUCCAAGGGAUGACGACUCCAAGGUGGGCUUUGAUAAGUGGCCUUUCAUGACCACCCACACUUGGGGGGAAGAUGCCCGAGGAACCUGGACCCUGGAGCUUGGGUUUGUGGGCAGUGCACCCCAGAAAGGGGUGCUGAAGGAGUGGACCCUGAUGCUGCAUGGCACACAGAGUGCUCCUUACAUUGACCAGGUGGUGAGGGAUUACCAGUCGAAGCUGGCCAUGUCCAAGAAGCAAGAGCUGGAGGAAGAGCUGGAUGAAGCUGUGGAGAGAAGCCUGAAAAGCAUCCUAAGCAAGAACUAG